CGUCUUUAUUUCACAGUUACUUCCCUUAUAAAUUAUGGCGUCCAUAGAAGCGGGUUGUUCAACUUGUUCAAUUUAAAAAAAAUCAGUUGAAGACAUGUCUUUUGUUAGACUUAGAAAGUCUCACUCUUCAGCGUUACCAAGGAAACAAAAGAUACACAAAAAGAAACCUGCAUGGGAUGAUACCAUUCAAGAUUUAACUACUCUGAAGGCCACCCCUGAGGAAAUUGAACAAAGAAAAGCUGCCCAUCAGUCAAAAAAUGCACUGGUAUCUAGACUUGAAAGGCACACGAAAGCAAAAGCCAAGAAAAAAGACUUAAGUAUUUCUAAUGCAGAGGCACGGCAACUUGCUGUAAUGAAAGAGGUCUUAUAUGAUCAACAAGAGCUUCAUGAUGUCUUAAGUAAAUCAGACAAGAUGAUGACUGUUGUGAAAGACCUUUUUGGUGAUGACCCAAGGAGAUUCACUGGAUUUCCAAAUGUUACUUCUGCUCCUAAUGCUGAAAACAGCAGCAGGUCAAGGACAAUUGUUGCUAACCUACCUGAUGUAAAGACACGCAUGGAAACCUUAAGUGAAUCUAUGAUGGACCAGUCUGCCCUGAAUGAUCUUCCAGAAACUGACAGUGAUGAGGAGGAAGAAGAAAUGGAACCCAUUAUGUACCAACCUAAAAUUGACCUUAACAGGUUCCAGAGAUUUCUGGAGGCUGAGGAAAGGAAUAACACUCUGAGUACAAUUAGUGGGCAGGCCCACCUUAGCCACAUGGACCAGGGACCCAUUCAGAGUACACGGAUACAGGACACUCAGAGUCUUCAGACGACACAAGAUGAUCAGUGCUACACUCCCCCUAAAAAGCACAAUGAGUCCAUAGAAAUGCUGAGGAGUCCUAAAUCUGCCAUGAAUGACACACAAAAGAUAAAGAAAACUAAACGAAGAGUUGAACCUGAGACUGCUCAGCAUAACUCUACAUUCAACUUAAGUGAACUUAAAAAGGUCCUGGUGCAACUCGAAAAUGAGAUAGGAGAUCUUGAAACUCAGUCUGGUCGUCGUCCUCGUGCCGAGCAGCCUCGACAAGAGACAUUCUCAGGCUACACAGUGUCUCUGGUGGACUCAGUCACUAAACUCAGCAGAUAUUUGAAGGAAUGUGAAAUGAGGUUGAAAACCGAGACUCUGCUAAGAGAACAGCUGACCCAGGAUGUGAAACAGCUGACUUGCCUUAUAGAUGCCCUCACCUCUGAUAUUAUCCAGACUCAAGAGGAAUACAACACACUGAGAACAGAGUACAGGAAAUACAGACAGGAGACGGAGCGAGAAAUCGGGGCACUGAAGAUGUCCCUGGUGAAUUCAGGACUGUAUAUAGAACCAGAGAAACAACAUCUUAAUUCAACACCUCCCAGAAAUGGUCUGUCUACACAAAGCACAAUAGCAGCAGGUGUGUCAGUGCCAAACAUACCACAGAGUAGUCAACCAACCAUAGCAGCUCUACCUCAGCACUUAGACCCAAUACGCAUAGCCAACCCAUUAGCUGUUCUGUUGUCUCCUCCAGUCAGGAAAACUCGGGUACAACAGCCCCCACAGGAAGAAGGUCCACUCCCAGUGUUUGAUUUAGGACAACACCUGCAGGAGCCUGCUCAACCAACACAGCCCUUACACAGUGGUAACUUACAGCAACAGGGACAGCUGGAGAUUUCUGACUUGGAGCAGCCUGAAGGCCAUCUUGGACCUGCACUGGUCAGUAAAACCAUUCAAGAAGUCAGAGUGUCGUCAGGGAGAGAGGACUUCAAACACCCUGUGCAGUCCAACGUAAAUUUUCAACAGAAUCCGAGGGGUUCCGUAACACAAAGUGCCACCUCACAGGAGAGUCGGUCAGCAUCAGUCACACAGGUCAUGAGCCAUGCUGCACAUGUCAAUGUACCCAGACCCACCCCUUUGGUGCAGAACACAGUCCAGCCACAGCGGAAUGGACAGGCAGACCUCACUUCACAAAUAGCACAACUAAACAAGCAGCAUGAUGAAGCACAGAAACGUUUACAAGCUCUACUACAACAGCAACAAACACAACAAAAUCAGCGAGAAAUUGCACCACAACUUGGGCCAUAUAAAUUAGCUGUAUCAGCCUCAUCACAACCUCCACAAAUUAGUCAUACCUCAGGUCUAACUGUUGGUGUGUCCAAGACACAGCAGGCUCCCAACAGAUUUAUACAGCAACAGCAAAUACCACAUGUUCAACCAGAAAUUGGAAAUACACAACAAUCUUCUGAGCAGAGAGGUUUGCCUGCCUAUCCAGUGUCUCCCCCUCUAUCUCCUAUAUCCCAGAGGUCAGACAACUUCACUGCAAUCCAAGGCAUGAAUCAGAAUGCCAGAGUAAAUACAGCACCUCCCUAUGGAAUAACUGUUUCCUUGCCAUCUGUGGAUUUGUCAUUAGACAGCAGUCCAUCACCGAGGUGAUUGGUAGUUACAGCAUUGUAGAUUCAUACAGAAAACCGACUAUAGCACAUAUACAUGUCCGUGAACAAGGCAUACAAAUGUAGAUGGAUGUAUUGCUAUGUAUACUAGAACAUUUGUACAAACUGCUAUAUAAUGUAGAAAAUACUUGUACAAAUUGUACUUAACAUACAAAUGGUAAUACAAUGUCAAUGUAGAAAAUAUUUGUACAAAAAGUAUGUGUAUGUAAAAACAGAUAUAAAGUGUUGAAAAUAAA